AAUAUAAUAGCGGCGUACGACUUCGACUGCAAGUUCUUAUACGCGUUUGUCGGUUACGAAGGCUCUAUAAACAAUAGAACAGUAUUAGGUCGCGCCUUUAAGAGCGGUAGAUUUAGCGUACCUAAAGGUCGAUAUUAUCUCGCUAACGGUAGCUAUUUACUACUCGAUAAGCGCCUUCUAGUACUAUACUAA